UCUAUAAUAGAAUCCUGAAGACCCCGUGGAUGUCUAUGGUUUCCGGUCUAUGGUUGUUUUAAAAAUAUAGGUUAUCAUAUUUCAAUCUGUUAAAAAUUUAGAAUGGAUAGAUUGUCGUAGGUAUAACGCAAGCGUCUUGUUAGACGACAAAAAGCAGAAAUGGGCAACACAUCUUCUUGGCAGCAAACAUAUCAAACUCUAAAAGAUAUUCAUGAUGCAGCAUACAGUGCCAUCGAUACUGCUAUUUCAUUGGAAGAACAUGAAAAACCACAUGAUGCAAUCGACAAAUACAAAGAGGGAAUUCUUCUCAUAGAUAAAGCAUUAGAUGUAAAAGUAACACAUCCCGAGAAUCCAGACUUUACGUGGGGUAAUGCUUGCGAUAUGAUACAAAAAAUGAAAAGAACUCGAGCGGAAGUUUUGGUGCGUAUAAAUACGAUUUCAUCAGCACCGAAUUUUGUCCCUCGCGAAUCUCCGCAAGAAAACAUACCAACGUCCGAUGUUGUUCCCCAUACUUACACCGAUUUGGCCAAUGCACUGAGUGAUUUACCAGUUGAAGCUGUGGAUGGACCUGUUGAAAUUAUAUACACUUACGAAGGCGUGAAACUAUUUUUCAUAUCUCCUGAUGGGUCGGUCGCGCAAACAUCCGAGCCGCAAGUGUUAAGCAUUGCUGUGAUUCCAGCUACUGAAGUAACACCCAGACAAGUGUUCUUGCAAGUUGGCGAUUGGAUUUAUCCCCUUGUCCCGGGUGUCUCUCCAUGUUACAGAACGUCAUUUGGUGCUUUUAUAUUGCCUGAUAUUUUUUCGGAUGUACCUGGAAGUUCUGUGGGUAUAAUUUUACCUGCAGAUGCAGAUUCUUCGGUGUACCAACUACUGGAAGAUAUUUUACAUGGUAUUAUUGGCGAAGAUACAACACUAUCCAUCCCUCGUAGGCGUACGAGACGAGCACUGGGACCAGAAGCAGAAGCUCCCCGUAGUGUUAGUCAGAUGAUAUCUAAUGGACUCGCAACAGGUGGUUAUUUUGUAUCUCAAGGACUUAUAAGAGGAGCUCAGACUGCUGGAAAACUUUUAAACUAUGGUACACCAAAACUUAUUGGUUAUCUUCGUCCUGCCCAUGAAACCCCUGUUGUACCAAAUUCUGUUGUUAAAGGAUUUGAAAUUGCAUCCGAAGCAAGUGCGGCAGCUGUACAGGUUACUGGAUAUGUAGCUGAGAAGGUAGGAACUGCGACGCAGGCAUUGGGUCGAUAUCUAGCCCCUCACAUACAAAAACAAGGCACACGUUUAUUAACCUCCAGCUUUAAUAUGCCCGAAGCGGAAGCGUCUUCAAAAUUAAACGGUUUAUUCACUGUUGCCGCUGGUGCGGUAGAAGGAUUUUCAAGUGUUUAUCACGGUCUUGAAGCAUCUGCAUCUAUUUUAGGGAAUAGUCUUUCUAACAAUACCGUCAGUGUUGUUCAACAUAAGUACGGCGACACAGCUGGGCACUUAGCCGGUAACACCUUCAACACAGUUGGAAAUGUUAUAAGCCUCGGUCAUAAUACUAAAUUUUUUACUCCAAAAGGAAUUGCAAAGAUAGCAGCUAAGGAAACUGGAAAAGCAGUUAUUGAAGACGUUAAAUUUCAGAAUGUUGUGGAUAAUUCAAACACUCAUAACAUAUACCCUAACUUAUCUGCAAUUGAUAACACCUCCACUUCAACUAGUAAGAUGUAGUAAGCGUAAACAACCAGAUAGGAUAGGAAAUAGGAAUGUUUAAGACUGAAUGUUUUGGUUUGUUAAAGGCUAAGCAAAUAAAGUGUUUACUUCUUGUUA